AUGGUGCAAAAGCACCUAAGGAGACAUGGUGCAAAAGCACCUACUGCACUGGGUCAGCGCCGGCACUGUCAAUACGCUUUGCAGUAUCUUGCCAAACCCGUCUGCUUGCCACGUACCAGGACACUGUCUGCCAGGUCAUUGCAGAAGAUUGUGACGAAUCUCCUCCUCGCGUCCGGCAGAGAGAGGGAGAGAGGGAGAGAGAGAGAGCCAACUUGGACCAUCAAAGAAAGCUUACCGGAGUCUGAAUACGAGAAACUUGGACCAAUCGAGUUUGGGAAAAAGCUCAACAAAACCAGUGAGGCAAGCUUCAAGGACUUCAUAGCUCAGUUGUUGCUGCAACAAGGCAAUGAUAUUGCAUGUAUCAUCUACGACGAGUUCAUGUACUUCUGUGCAGCAGCAGCUAAGGAGUUCAACCUUCCCAGUGUCAUCUUCAGCGCUAAUAGUGCUACAAAUUACGCUUCCCGAUGUGUACUAAGCGAACUCAAUGCCGAGAAGUUCUUGGACGACAUUGAAGAUCCUGAAAUGCAAGACCAGGUGGUGGAAAGUUUGUAUCCAUUACGAUACAAAGACCUACCGGUUUCAGGAAUGGGGCCACUAGAACAAUUUCUUGAGGUCUGUAGGGAAGUAAUGAACAAAAGAACAGCUUUUGCUGUUAUCAUCAACACGGUGAGCUGUCUAGAGAGCUCAUCUCUAUCAUGGCUAGAACAAGAAAUUGGAAUUCCGAUGUACCAUAUAGGCCCUCUUCACAUGGCAGCUUCCCCACCUUCUAGCUUACUUGAAGAGGACAGAAGCUGCAUUGAAUGGCUGAACAAGCAGAAACCGAGGUCAGUGAUAUACAUAAGCUUGGGAAGCAUAUUUGACGUGGUCACCAAGGAACUUUUGGAGAUGGCUUGGGGGUUGUGUGAUAGUAACCAACCUUUUUUAUGGGUCAUCCGACAUGGCUCCGAGUCAUUGCCAGAGGAAGUCAGUACGAUGGUCUCAGAAAGAGGAGGAUACAUUGUGAAAUGGGCCCCGCAGAUUAAAGCACUUGGACAUCCUGCGGUGGGAGGCUUCUGGAGCCACUGUGGAUGGAACUCAAUACUUGAGAGCAUAGCAGAAGGAGUUCCAAUGAUUUGUAGGCCCUUUCAUGGCGAGCAGAAGUUGAGCGCACUGUAUAUAGAAAGUGUUUGGAGAAUAGGGUUUCAGGUGGAAGGUAGUAAAGUGGAUAGAGGAGAGGUUGAGAGAGCUGUGAAGAGUUUGAUGGUGGACGAUGAAGGAGCCGAGAUGCAGGAGAGAGCCCUCGUUCUAAAAGAGAAGCUCAAAGCCUCUGUGAAAAGUGGGGGUACCUCAUACACCGCUUUGAAUGAGCUUGUCAAGUACUUGAAGACAAUGUAAAGAUGUUGAACGACAUGUAUUAUCAGAGAUGGUUGAAUUUUGUUAUUUGUACAGUGUAGAUCAAGUUUGAUCUUGCAAAAUUUAAAAGUCUGUGGUUUUUUUUAUGCGAAUAAAAAGCAAGAAAUAAUUGUUGCA